GGGAGGGGCGGGGUAUUAUUAUUUAUUAUCUUGCAAGGACAGCUGCUCAUUUGUCUGCUUUCGCUUUUGCAGAAGAGGGAAAACCCGGCCAGGACUUCCUCCGAUGUCCCAGCUAAGAAGCUCAUCAUUGAAUUCCAAGGGGAGAGGAGCAUGCCGGCACCCCAAGCCAUAAGCUGCCCUGAGCCAAACUCCCUGGAAACACUUGCCAUCGCCAUUGACCCCAGCGUGGCAGCUGCCCCGAUCUAUGUGGAGACCCAGUCCUCCGCCUCAGACUUCCCUGCCCUCUCAGGGCCCUUGGGCGGGGCUGUGAACCUGCUGCCUUUGGUCCAAAUCGUGGAGCCCCUCAAGGCCGUGACGCUGACUGUGUCUUCCCCGGUUGAUGCCAGCCAGCCUCUCCCGGACCGGGUGGAGCAACAGGUCGUUGACUUCUUGGCCUCGCUGCCGCCGGCGACCCUAGAAGCUACGCCGGGCUCGUCCAGGGGGGCCUCUGAGCCCUUUUCUGCAGAGGUGGCCGUGCCCUGCGAGGUGGCGGCGGCUGCCAACCAGCCGCCGCUGCAGGCCCUGAUGACCGACCCAGCCAUGGCGACGGAGCAAGGGGCGCUCAUCAUCGAGAAUGUCUCCAUCGAGCCGUUUCUGGAGACUUACCCCUCCGCCGCCGCCGCCCUGCGCUCCCUGCAGGAGCCGGCCGCCGAGGUGGUGGCGUACUUCGAGACCAUCCCGACGGCGCCCAUCACGGCCGCCGCCUCUUCCGGCGUGACCCCCCCAGAGACGGUGCUGUCCUCCGCCCUGAGCCUCCCCAUUGUCUCCACCGUCCCCAUCGUCUCCAACCAGGCGCCUCGGAAGGCCCCCCCGGCGGAAGAGGAGAAGCUGGAGGAGCUGAGCUCGGCCGAGUCCUUGGAGGAGCAGCUGGAGGAGCACCGCUACCACAAGCGAGGGGCGACCUCGGAGCUCGUGGAGGUGGUGAUGGGCCUUCAGAAGAAGGUGAAGGUUCUCCAGCAGAGGCACCGCCGGCACUGCGCAAAGCUGGAGGCCAUGGAAGGGGUGGUGGAGCAGCUGCGGAAGGAGAACCUGGUGUCCGAGGAGAAGCUGAAGCUGCUGGAAAUGGCCUGCCUACAGUCCAGCACUCUUGUGCCUGAAGCCGGCGCUGCUGUGGCCAUCAUCUGCCAGGACAAUGACCAGGCGCUGGUCUACGCCGUGCCCCAGCUCCCAGAAGAAGGGAACGAGACCAUCAUCCACGUGGAGGAGCAGUAAUCUUGGAGGCGGCAGAGGGCAGUCGGGAGCCAACCCUCGUUGCGUUCCAUUUGGCCAAAGGCACCCGUCAGGGAGGGUCCUGGCGCCUACGUCUUUCGGCUGCGAGAAUCUCAGGCCUUGCGCCACCGGGCCUCUUCGGAUCUCAGCUGCCUAACCCGAUGGCCUUAUUGCGACGGCACCUUAUUUUGCGGGAAAGUUGCCUGAAAUAAUUGUACAUAAAAAUUGUCUGGGUGGGGGGAAUUGAGCCACUGAGUGUGUGCGUGUGUGUUUGCCUUCUCUUCUGCGCCUGAACCUCGAAGCUGCCGCCGCUGCUGCCUCAUUUGUCGUGAUAACCGCUGCUUGGUGUGAGCCAGACUGUCCUCGCCAGCUUGCUUUGCUAGCAAGGCAAGGGCGGACAGGCCCAUCUUGGCGGCUGAACUGAUGUACUGCUUUUUGGGCACCUGAAAUUGCCGCACUUUGAUGUUGGGCCCUCCUAGGUGCCUUUCUAAAGGGCUCAGCUUCAGGGCAUCUCUCUCUCUCUCUCUCUCUCUCUUUCUCUUUCUCUUUCUCUUCUCUCUGUGUGUGAGAGAGAAUUGCCCCCUCUCUCUUCCUGCUUCCAGCAGAACUUAGCGCACAGACGGCUGGUAUCUCUGCACUCUCCACACUAAUCUGAAGGCAAAAGUAUUUGCUACUUGUCCCCAUAGACCUUUCAUACCUGGGCACUUGUGGGAUCAUAAGGCCACCCACUGCCUGGGAGCAGGUGGUAUCCAUACAAGGAGGGGGUUGAGAGAGGAGCAGAAAGGAAUCUCUCACACACACCCUUUGUGGAGAACAUGUAGUGGAAGCUGUUAACAAGAGGCCGUGAUGAAUGGCAAUCCCACAUGUGCGCCUGCUACAAAAGCGAGAUUGAAACCAGAUCAGUACAUGAGAACAUGGCGCCAUCCACAGAGAGCUGAGCUGCGAAAGUGUUUUGAGCAUUCCAAGAGACUCAUUUUCAUCUUUUCAGCUGCUUGGCAGAUUGCGUAGUGACGGAAUCAUUUCAGAUCCGGCGCUUGCGUCGACCUAUUGCAGCUCCUUGCGAUCUCUUGAAAAGCAAUUCUGUUCAGUUGAGUAGUUCAAACAGGCCACGUCUGACUGAAGGCGAAGGCUCGGUCUGGAGAUUGUAGGGAGCAGCCUGUCUCAACCGUCUUAAUCUUGCAAACUUCAGGGAAGUGCCAGCAUGGUGCGCUUCAAAACGUUGAAGGCCUGCGUUUGAGAACAAAGCCUCCGUAACUUACAGCACAACCACGGAGGUCUGCCUAUUCUUGAGCCCCACUCGGGUAUUUAAAUUCCUCGCAUGGGCGAGGCGGUUGAGGAUCUCCACCCCCAUUGCCUCCCCACAAGGUGGAAGAGCCAAACAUCUGCAGUAGAGAGCCUGUUCUGCUUAUGUAAAUCCGCCCCCUUUUUCCGGAGAUCUAGAACCCUGGAAGAUCAGGAUUCUAGAAUCCACAGGGAGCCUUCCAGCACGUGGAAGGCAAUAGUGCCAGCUGCAGGGAACGUGAUGGAGGGCGCUACCCCCAUGGCCCCAUCCCGUUCUCCCCCUCACGUGAUGCUGCCAGCAGGGUGGGGAAAAGCUUUGGCUAGGGCUGAUGUUUCCUGCUAAGGACCCAUUGCUACGCUGAAUGCAUUCUGCAUCCUUGCUGGUUCAGAUGGAAGAUCCCCUCUAGUCCUUCGUCUGCUUCCCACGGCGACUUGCCAGGCUGCCAGUGGGGCUUGAAGGUAAAUAGUCCCCCUGCCCCACAACCAGUGCUCAGAGGCAGAUUCUCACAUUAGCGGAUGUUGCUUCCCUAAGUCACUCUCAUGUCGUCAGGGAUGAUAGUGGAAGGCUUUACAGGAAUGUCUCCUUCUCCUUGGGUCCCCUCUGUCUUCUAUCUAGACUCCUUUCAUCUUUUCUUUGAGGAUGUCCUCUCGCAACUACCGUCUUAGGGUUUCUUGUCAUACAGUAUUUUUGUCCCAUAGCCAGCCAAAUAAAGAGUCGUUUUGAGUUCGUGAGUGAGUGGGUGUUAUGGUAAAUCCUUUUUAAAAAAUGUUAUUAAGGUUUUGCUUUUUUAAAAACAACACACGGGUCUCUGUAACUGAAAGUUAAUCCAGGAGUAGGAGGAAAGGCUGAAAAAUAAACCCGACAAUGUGAUUGUAGAUCUUGGUGAGGGGCAGAAACUGACGGUGGGAAGAACUUCACUGGGGGUGAUAACAGUGCUGUAAUACAAAAAAAAUUACCCUAAUAAAUGGAAUAUUGGAAAAACGGG